AUUCAGGGGUGGAAGGAAAAGAAAAUACUUGCUUCAUCCGAUUAUUAUAUAUGUACAUCAAUUCUUCGGAGAACAGGAGAAGAGGGGUCGUGAAUUCUUGAAUUGCUCUCUUUGUCUGAUUGUCUCUUCGUUUUCUUUGUUAUUAUUACCUACUGGAUAUCUUUUCCAUGUGAUGACGCGUUUCAAUGGCCAUAGCAACGUCCACUUUGUCAUCCAUUUUCUUCAGUUCUUCGUCUCUCGUGGAAUAUCGUCAACAACUACACCAACCCAUGUUCUAUAUUCAGUUCUUCGUUCUUUGUUUCCUCUCUCUUUGCUUUCUGUUCAUCGUUAUGCAUAAGAGAUUGAAGAGAACAGAGAAUAAGGAUGGAAAAUCAUCCCCAAAUUCGCUCUCCAUCUACAGAUGUCCUCUCUCUAACGAUAUAAAUAAAGCCCAGCAGCAAAGUGAGACCCAUCAGAACCAUCCACUGAUUGUAGAGAUUCUCACCUCCAGUCCUUCCAAAUGGGCCUCUCUAGUUUCUUCCGUCCCUUCUCAUCUGACCGUCGGCAAUGGUGGGAAGGCACCGGAGAGGUUGCUUUCUGAUGGGUCAGAGUUGGGUAAGGAGGGUGGCGAUCCUAUUGACAAGGAUUGUGGCAAAAGUGGUGACCAAAGCGAUAAAAAGAAGAAGAAGAAGAGGGCCAAGAAGAAGCAGCAGCAAAAUUUCCGAGCGGAGGACAGUGGCGAGGAUGAGUGCCUUGAGAGCCAGGUACCCUUAAUGCAGGACAAGCAUGGUUUUGACUGCUUGUAUCCAUUCACAUCUUCGUCCAGUGUGACACAGAGGAAGAUCAAGCAGCAAUAUGAUCAACUUGUGAAAUCUAACGACUCGAAGGCCUUAACGUUGGCUCAGGUUUGUCAGUUUGCAAAUUGCUUGAUUGAGGCUAGAAAUGAAUUAAAGCACAAGUCUGAGAUCAUCCAAAGGAAAUUUACAAUAACGAAGGCUCUACUAUUCAAAGCAGAUAGGUCUUCAUUUGACCGCCUCUGUCAGCAGAUGUACAAACUAGAAGCAGAACAAAAGAGGUUAGAGGAGGAUGCACUUGUAUAUAAUCGGCUCCAACAGCAGCUUAAACUCUCACCAGCAUAUAAGAAGAUGCUUGAAAUUGGAGAGCGCAUGGAACUGAAGGCUACUUCAAACCAGCUGGUAGAAAGCACAGAUGCUGAAUUUCCAGACAUCUCAUUUGAGGAGUUGCUAGCACAGGAAAAGAAAGAUUCGUUUUGGCAAAGGAAUGGAAGGCUGAGAUCAUGCACAAGCUAAUGGCUACGUAUGCCGACUGCGACUCAUCCUUGUUCAACCUAAGCAAUACAUGUAUCUGAAACCCAAAGUUUUGCACGGAUGUAGGAAUUUUUGGAUGCUUGUGUUCCUUCGGAUAGCUUUUUCAUGGGAUCUAUGCCUUAAAUUAAUUUCUUCAACUUUCCCACUGUAAUGGCAUCAUUUUGGUUGUUGCUUAUUGACAUGCAUGAAAACUAAGCCUCGGAGGAAAGCGGGCCACUCUCACUACUCCAAUUCCAACAUUAUAUGUUGCUUCCAGAAACUAGGCCUCUUUUGCUAACAAUUUAGAUUCAUUUUUUGAUUGGCUGAACUUAGGUCACCUGUUAUGACAACCACAGAAGUGAACGGCUAGGCGCCUAGUUUCUUAUGAUUGAGUUGUAAAAUAAUGUUGAAAGAAAUCUGGACAGUGUUAACUUCACCAACAAUUCUAGAGGCAGAAUUAACUUUAAGGACUGAAACCUGUCGAGUUUUGGGCUUUUCAUUUGCUGGGUUCAUUAGUGUACCCUUUUUAACUUGGAGUCAUGAUUGACCAUUGACUUGAUGUGCCAUUCAUCUAUUCUUCUCUACUGGUUAUGUUAUCAUGGACAAUGAGGAUUAAAUGAAAAUGAUAAGAAGUUUUGAGUUGAACUA